GCCGAGAACAAUACUUUUAAUUCAUAAAUUUUGUAGUUCAGUAAAUAAGUUGUAGUUUUGGAUGAAAAUGAGUUUGCGUGGAGUGGCGUGUGGCCUGCUGAGUUACCUGGUGCUGGUGGAGGCCAUGUUUAUGGACCUGGGAGAACAGGAGGAGAGAUGCAUAAUAGAGGACAUCCCUGAAGGCACGCUGGUGACAGGGUACUUCCUCCUAGAGCCUUGGGAUCUGAAGCAGAGUUCAGGUCUACCUCGAAUGGGUAUGACCACCACGGUGCGAGACCCUGGCAAUGAGGUGUUGAUGACCAAGCGCUACGGGAAACACGGUAAAUUCACCUUCACCUCUCAUGCCAGUGGACAGCACCUGCUCUGCUUCCAAACCAACUCCACCAGCUUCUCUGUCUUUGCUAAGGAAAAGCUUAAACUGCAUUUGGAUGUUCAGAUGGGAGAACAUCCCAUUGAGAGAGGCUCAGAGAAGACCAAGGAAAACCUGCACACUAUCGAGGAGUCUCUGAAUCAUAUGAUUGACCAGAUGAUGUACAUCACCAGGCAGCAAGACCAACAAAGGGAGAGAGAAGAGGUAUUUCGUCAAAACAGCGAGGACACCAACCGUAGCGUGCUGUGGUGGUCUGUGGUGCAGACAACCAUCCUUCUCUCUGUGGGCUUCUGGCAAAUGAACAGACUCAAAGACUUCUUCAUAGAAAAGAAGCUCAUCUGAUCAAGUCCUUUAAUAUUAUUAGGAUCGCACAUGUUGAUUUUUAUGCUUGAUGAGCAUAAACUGUUGGAAUUAAUAAAUAAAUAAAUGUUCUUUUUGCAUUA